AUGUGGCAACUAAGAAGAGGGCGUCUACAGGGGAGGAAUACAGAGGCUCUCCUGCGCGCAUUGCUCCUGUGCUCAUCGCUGCCCGCGACCUUGUUCGUUCACGUGUCUGAACCAGAGUCAAAGCCUCAGCCAGAUCUGAUGGAAGAAGACAUCGCUGCUGCUGCAAGAGGUGAUGCAGAAGGAGCUUGUUCAUCGCAGAUGUGUGAGGAGGGACCUGUAGUUGGUCUGGAGUCCAACACUUGGAGAAAUAGCAGCAGGACAAUAGGCGCUCUGAUCUAUGGUGCAAAGCGAGCAAGGGCGGCCAGAUUCCCCUACAUGGUGACUGUGAUACCCCAGGGCUUCGAACCCCAGUGUGGCGGAGCCUUGAUCGAUCCUUGGUUUGUACUUACUGCUGCUCAUUGCAUCAAGCCAGUUGAUCAUGAUGUGCUUGUUCAUGUUAUUGGCUCAGAAAUGAAGGACAAGGGUAGUACAGUGGACAAUGUCAUAUACCAACCCAACUGGACAGGACAAGUAUUUGACGGGUUUGAUGUAGCACUGCUGAAGCUGUCCCAACCUGUGAGGAAAGUGCAGUGCCCAAGACUCCCCCACGACAACACCCGAUACAUACCCAACACGAUUGUGUCACUCUUGGGAUGGGGCCCAUCCUAUCAUUUGCAUGAUAGGAGUUACGGAAUCGGGGAGUCACACUAUGUUGAAAUAGCUGAUGAUAUGCGGGUGGUGGAGAACGAACUGUGCCCAGGAGACUUCAAAGAGCAUUUGAAGCCCAGUAUGAUGUGCGUUUGUUCAAGUGCAGCACGACCUUGUCCAGGUGAUUCAGGCAGCCCCCUUGUGAUCGCAGAUGACAAGGAGGGGAAAAUUGACAACGGGGACCCGCAGAAGGAUAUAGUUGCAGGGCUGGUUUCUUUUGGAGAGAAAGACUGCCUCGUAAAGUUGAAACAGUACAGUGCAGCAUACACUGCUCUGAGUGUCCAUGCUGCAUGGAUACGUGACAUCCUCAGCUCUUCAAAGGUGGAUGAUCUUGAGGAGGCGUGGAAUAUGAGGCUGAAGACACUUACAGUUAUUACGCUGGUGGUAAAAUUGCAUUUCAUUGCUGACUAUUCACCAAAAGACCUGCACUGUGACCCAUCCUGCCAUUCAUGCAGCAUCAGGACUUGCCACAAUGUGAUAUGCGUGUAUAGAACCUCCGAUCGCCGCAAUGCUGUGACAUGUGCCAGGGGUGCCCUGGCCCACAUGUGCCACCAAUGUUCACCAUGUCAACACCGAACUGCAGCAAAGUUGGAAAUGUCUUGUCAGGAGUUUAGACUGCUGAAUCAGGAGUCGCAUGUGCACAUUUUGCCGUAA